CCUCCAUCAGGCGACUCUCCGGCCUUUGACGCUCGGUGUCAGUGUCUGCUCUCUCUCACUCUUUCAUCCAGCAACGAUCAUCAUGCCUUCAAACAGCGCUGCCAGCAUGUUUGGUGGAGCCGGGGGAAGGGGUGCCAAGGCGUCCGUGUCGACCCUGGAUGGACUGCGCAAAGUGCUGGGCAACCAGACAGAAAAAGAUUCGGCCCCCAUCCAAAAAGCUUCUGCCAAGCCCGUAGCCUCCGAGGCUCCGAGCGCCCCGGAAACUCUUGUCGCUCCCGGUGACGACAAGCAGACACUGCGGACCCUGAACAAUCGGCUGUCCGGCUACCUGAACAGAGUGAAGCAGCUUCAGGAGGAGAACAACGAUCUGCAGAAAGAGAUCGACGACAUCCUGGCCAAGAGGAAAGUACCCGAGGGGCGUGAUUGGGAUGGAAUCCUGAAACCCCUGGAUAACCUCAAAAAGGAGAUCAAAGACAUCACAGAUGACAAUGCAAAGCUGCUGCUGCAGAUUGAUAACAGCAAACUGGCAAAUGAAGACUUCAAGAACAAGCUGGAUGAUGAGAAUAAGGCAUGCAAAGAAUUAGAAAAGGACCUGGAGGAUCUGAAGAGGGCUAAAGAAGAUACCAAACUGAGCUGCGACCAAACAAGGGAAGAGAUCAAAAUGGUUAAUGAUGAGCUUGAGCGUCUCAAGAGGGAACACAAGAAAGAGGUUGAUUCUCUGCUUGAGAAGAUCAAGGACUCAGAUGUGACAGUGGAGAUUAAGUCCCAGGACAACAACCUGAGUGAUGUUAUCCAGAGUGUCCGCAGACAUUAUGACAAAGUGGCUGAGAAGAACCUGAAGGAGGCAGAAGAAUGGUACAAAGAGAAGUUUGAAACCAUCAAGGUGGAAGAGGCCCAGAACAACGAGGCCUUGGAGUCUGGAAAGAAUGAGCUCAAAGAUCUCCAGAAACAGAAGCAAACUUUGGAAAUUCAGAUUCAGACCAAGAACAACAAGCUGCGCACUGUGGAGCAAACCCUGAGAAACAUCAAAAUGGAGUAUGGUCAUCGCCUGGAGCCAUCCAACAAGAUCAUUCUUGGGCUGGAGCAGGACCUCAGAGAUGUGAGGGAACAGGUGGAGCAACAGCUAGAUUCCAACAAAAACCUGCUGUCUGUUAAGAUGAAGCUGGAGAAGGAACUCGAGCAGUACCAAGAACUUCUUUCUCGCUUAUUUGAUGAUGUUGAAAGCGCUGAGUUAUCUUUAACGGAUGCAAUACCGCAAGAGCAACGAAGUAAUGAUGAUGGCGUUCUGGAACAGGGUGAAACAAUACAACAAGAAGUACUUGCAAAACAAGAAAGCGCUCCCUCUAACCAAUCAGCUCCCCCAGAAGCUCCUGAAGUGGAGGAGGAACCCCCCAUCCAGGCCGACACAAAUGCUAGUAGCAAGGAAGAGGCUGCAGUCAGCAGCUCUGCUAAAAAGAAGAAAUCUAAAAAGUCCAAGAAGUCCAAAACUAAGAAGGAUUCCUCCUCCUCUUCUUCUUCUUCUUCUUCUUCCUCCUCCUCCUCCUCCUCCUCCUCCUCUUCUUCUUCCUCCUCCUCUGAUUCCGAAAAGGAAGAAGAAAAGCCUGAAACUGAGGGUGAAGCGGUGACAGCUUGAUCUUUAAUCCUUUCUUUGUUUCAGUUCGGUUAUUCUUUUUCCUGCUGUUCAGCCAAUUAAAACUGCCUUCUGUACUGGUGCUGUCAAACCUGUAAAGUUACUCUGAGGUGCUGUUGUGGUUUAUGUUCUCAGCUGUGCAUGAAAUAAAAACAUGUGGUUUUGAAAGACAAA